AUGAAUCACUUUAUUCUCUUUGGUGUAUUGCUUCUUCAGUUUUGUCACAUGAGUCAUUCUUUGUCUUGCUUUCAAUGCAAUUUAACAGAAUGCAAGCAACCUAUGUGCAAAGGUGGAAUAGUAAAAGACCCAUGCCAAUGUUGUAAUGUUUGCGCUAAAGUAAGAGGCGAAGAAUGUGGGGGACCUUGGGACAUCCACGGAGAAUGCGACCAGGGAUUAUAUUGUAAAAAAGAAGGUAAACCAGGACAAACGGUUUUCAACAUAACAGGAAAAUGUGAAUACCAUGUCUGUGAAGUUGAAACUACAAAACAAAAACGUGGAAGAAGAUGCAAGAAUGAAGAGGUUGUCUUCUGUACGAAGAACUGCAAAAAUUGUUGUAUGCACAAUUCAACAUGCAAGCCGAAUCGAACAUGGCCGAAAAAAUUGCAAAUUUGCCAAAAAAGGAACAGAAAUAAAAUCAGAUCCAAUUAAAUGAUAAAAAAAGAAAAAAGAAUAACUUGAAAGGCCAGGAUCUUAUUAGCUAUGUACAUUGACGAAAUCCAAUUGAUUGAUUUUUUUUUAGUUGAAUAUUUUUAACAAAAAGUAAAUAUAAUGAUAAUAAGAAUUUCUUUUCGUCUUACUGUUCUCUUUAUGUUCCUAUCAUGUAGUUUUUCAAGAUGCAUUUGUGCUUGUGCAACUAAUGAUUGAAGAGAAACGUUUGAGGAAAUGCGGUUGUUUUUUAUUCUGUUUACUUUCAAUGCUCUCGUGUCAUUUGACCAUCUUUGUUACUUUAAAAUAAUUAACUAA